AUGGAGGACGAGCACCAGCUCCCAACCCUCGCGUCUCUCGGUAUCGACACCCUACCAGCCGUCUCUCCUGCCGACGCAGCUCGACGAUGGUUCUCGUCCUUCUCUACGGCCGUAUCAGCCGCAGACGUCGACGCUAUCGGGGAGACGUUCGUCGAAGACAGCUUCUGGGUCGACAACCUCGCUCUGACGUGGGACUUCCGCUCGUUCCGGGGCCGAGCGACGAUCAAGCGCCUGCUAGACGCAAGACUGCGGGAUACGAAGUUCACGGCGCUCGGGCUCCUCGAGGGCGCGCAUGCCGGGCCGGAGCUGGUCAGGGAGUACCCGGACCUCGCGUUCCUGCGGGUGUGCUUCACAUUCACGACGAGUCUGGGCGCCGGGAAGGGGCUUUGCCAUCUCGUGCCUUUUCCGGACGGGGGGUGGAAAGCGUACACGAUAUCGACGCUGCUGGAGUCUUUGGACGGGUAUCCGGAGCAGAUAGGACCUCAUAGAAAGGCGAACGCGGAGCACGGGACCUGGUUGGAGCAACGGCGGCAAGAGGUCGAGUGCGUCAACAACAGUCCGACGGUUUUGAUUGUUGGUGCUGGUCACACCGGCCUGAUGACGGCGGCGAGGAUGAAGUACCUCGGUUUGAAUGUCCUCGUUAUAGAGCGGAAUGCUCGGGUAGGGGACAACUGGCGAAAUCGAUACAAGUUCCUCUGCAUCCAUAGUACCACAUAUUUCAACGAGCUAGCAUACCUGCCCUUCCCGUCGACUUGGCCGACGUACUGUCCCGCACCCAAAAUGGGCGACUGGCUCGAGGGCUACUCAGACUUCCUCGAGCUCAACGUAUGGACGAGCUGUGAGAUCGUCAGUACGAAGUGGAUCGAAGACAGGAAGUCCUGGACGAUCGAGGUCAGGCGCGCAGGCGACCUUCGAACGCUGAGCGUGAAGCACCUCGUGUUCGCCACCGGCCUCACCGGGCCCCCGAACCUGCCUGAAAUACCGGGACGCGAGCGUUUCAGGGGCACCGUGGUCCACUCGGCGGACUUCAGUGAGCCGAAGGACUACGAGUACCGAAGCCGCAAGGCUGUCGUCGUCGGGGCGUGUCUUUCGGGACACGAUAUUGCACAGGACUUUUAUGAUAAUGGGAUUGACGUCACGAUGUGGCAGCGGUCUGCUACCAUCAUGCUCUCGCAUGGGCCUGGCGAUGAAACACUCGGAGCACUGCACUUAGGUUUCCACAUCGCGGAUCGUCCUACCGAUUUCGCAGACAUACUACACUGGAGCUUGCCUCCUCAGAUGCGUUUCCGCAUGCAACAGCGCAAUACGCGAAAGUAUGCGGAAACGACCGACAAAGAGCUGAUAGCGAAGCUCGAAAGCGUGGGCUUCAAGACCUGGCUGGGCCCGCACGACGCUGGCUUCGGUCCUCUCAUCGUCACACCCCGGGGCGGCGGGCACUACAUUGACACCGGAACAUCGCAGUACAUCAUCGACGGACGCAUCAAAGUCAAAAACGGAAGUAGCAUUGAACAAUACACACCGACUGGUGUCAAGUUCUCCGACGGCACUGAGAUAGAGGCCGAUAUCGUUGUCUUCGCUACGGGGUUCAAGGACCCCAGAGAAGAGAUGUGGCGCACAGUCGACCCGGAGAUAUCGUCCAAGGUCGACAGAAUCUGGGGUGUGAACGGUGAAGGAUACAUGCCUUCCGCCUGGCGGCCAAGCGGGCACGAAGGGCUCUGGUUUGGGAUAGGUCAGUCCAAAUUGGACAUGGUUUAA